AUUUGGUGGCUCCCAUUUAAUGUAGGGUUUUCAAAGUUUCAAUGUGGAAAAGUAACGAGAAACGUCUUCCUAACUUGUCUAGGAUGGCCAGAGACAUCCUAACAAUUCCAAUUACCACAGUAGCUUCUGAAUCUGCAUUUAGUAUGGGUGGGAGAAUUAUAAGCAAAUUGAGAGGAUCUCUUUUACCUCAAAAUGCAGAAGCUUUGCUUACGACUCGAACUUGGUUGGAUGCAUUUGGAAAGGAAGAUGUUGAAGGUGAGGAGAUAGGACGUGAAUUUCAUUUAGACUUGGACAAUAUAAGUAUGACUUCUCCUCCUCCUACUAGUGAGCUUGGAAGAGUAGGACCAUCUCAAGGACAAACUUUUACCAUUUUGGAAGGUGAAGAAGAUAUCUCUUGAGGGGCACACUUAGGUUGGACAGUUUUGGUACUUGGUAGUCUGUUUAUUCUCCCACCAACUUGUCUUUGCCUCCUGUAUUUGCACUUGAGAGUUGUUACUUGGUGGACUUUUAUUUUCUCAAUAUUUGGUAGUUACCUAGUUCUAAUUAGUACUUCGUUGAUAGCCUACUAUUUUUGGACAACAUUGGCAAUUAGCAUUAUAAACUUUGUGAAUUUUC